AUGUUAUCAGAAUAUGCCCUGUAUCAAUAUCACGUGGAAGUUAAGUUGAGUUCGGGUCCGAACAGCACGACUGAAGUUGGGAAAUUAAUUCUGAUUAUUAAUAGCCGAAUAAUUAAGAUUUUGAAUAAAGAUCAACAUCUGCAAUCGAUUACAGAAUCAUUUCAACCAGAAGAAAAGAAACAAUAUUUAAUAACUACUACUCACGAUAUUUUUCCAAUAAUAAAAGUACAGUUUUAUUGGUAUACAGUAUCACCUCGUAAAGAUAAUAAGUUGUACGUUCAAUGUAUCAAGAUCGUCCCAAUGAAUAAUUUAGAAACAAAUCGCUCCAAUUUGACUACAUAUGGAACUACAAAUGGUGAACCAAUAUCGCCCGAAAAUAUUAUUUUACUGGCCUUAAAUUCGAGUUGUUAAAUUCAGAAAUCGAAAUAUUGUUUCUUCUAUUAGUUAUUAUGUUCUGUAAUUUUUAUUUAUUCACUUUUACUUGAAAUAAUCAAGAACAUCGUGUAAAAGUGUUUUUA